AUGGAGUUGGAGCUUGGGAAAUCAAUUGAAUCAUGUCAUCAGGCGAUUAACGACAUAAAUAAGAAGUUUGAUGAACAAAGAAAGCAAAUUAGCACAUGCCUCAUCAACAUCGAUAAGCUUUCAACAGAAGUAGCUAGCCUCAGGAAAGAAAAUGCAGAACUGAAGGAACGCGUCGAGGAUAUGGAACAAUACUCAAGAUCGAACAUGCUGGAAAUAAAUGGUAUACCCAAAAAACAGGAUGAAGAUGUAACAGAAAUCAUUUGUAGAAUGAGCGAAGCAUUAGGACACAAAAUAAAAGCAGAUGCAAUCGACAUUUGUCACAGACUUAAACAACGAAAUGAAAACCUACCUCCACCAAUCGUUGUCAAGUUCGUUCGUAGAACAGACAAACAAGUAAUAUUGAAUAAAAGGAAAGUUACGAGGCAGUUUUCUACAAAGCAGAUGGGAGAAACAACGGACCAUCCAGUCUAUGUGAAUGAAAGUCUAGCACCUACGCGAAGAAGGAUUUUCACCAUGGCGAGAGAGAUCUUCAAAAGAGGCGACAUCAAAUACCUAUGGAUCAAGGAAGGGAAGAUUCUAGCUAGGAAAGAAGACGGAACACCAGUUAUUGAACUCAAGAACAGUGAACAAGUGAAAAAGUUGAGCGUGAUAAGUGCAUCUAAGCAGCCAG